AUGAAUGCCACGGGGUCGCUGGAGGAGGCCCCCGAGUCCUGCCACAGGCUGGCAGCCAUUGGCCACAGCCGGCUCAUCAUCCUGCACUACAACCACUCGGGCCGGCUGGUGGGCCGCGGCGGGCCGGAUGAGGCCGGUCUGGGAGCCUGGCGGGGGCUCCUCGUGGCGCUGGGCUGCCUGGUGGUGCUGGAGAACCUCCUGGUGCUAAUGGCCAUCAUGCUCCGCAUGCGGUCCCGCCGCUGGGUAUACUACUGCCUGGUCAACAUCACGCUCAGCGACCUGCUCACCGGGGUGGCCUACCAGGUCAACGUGCUGCUGUCCGGGGCGCACACCUUCCACCUGGCGCCGGCCCACUGGUUCCUGCGGGAGGGCCUGCUCUUCAUGGCGCUGGCCGCCUCCACCUUCAGCCUGCUCUUCACUGCGGUCGAGCGGUUCAUCACCAUGGUGCAGCCCUUGGCCAAGAGCCGGGCCACCAAGGCCAGCUGCGUCUACAGCUGCAUCGGGCUGUGCUGGCUGCUGGCCACCCUGCUGGGCCUGCUGCCCCUGCUCGGCUGGAACUGCGUAUGCCACUUUGAGAAGUGCUCCAGCCUGCUGCCGCUCUACUCCAAGGGGUACAUCUUCUUCUGCGUGCUGCUCUUCGCCGCCAUCCUGGUCGCCAUCGUGGUGCUCUACGGGGUCAUAUUCAGGGUGGUGCGGCUCAGCGGGCAGCAGGCCCCGCGCCUCCCUGCCCGCCGCAAGGCCCGCCGGCUGCUCAAGACGGUUCUCAUGAUCCUGGUGGCUUUUGUGGUGUGCUGGGGGCCCCUCUUCGGGCUGCUGCUGGCUGACUUCUCGGGCUCCAACGUCCGAGCCCAGGAGUACCUGCGGGGCAUGGACUGCAUCUUGGCCCUGGCGGUGCUCAACUCGGCCGUCAACCCCCUCAUCUACUCCCUGCGCAGCCAGGAGGUGCGCCGGGCUGUGCUGGUCUUCCUUUGCUGCAGCUGCCUCCGGCUGGGCCUGCGGGGCCCCGGGGACUGCCUGGUGAAGGCUGCUGAGGCCCACUCUGAGGCCUCCACAACCGACAGUUCGCUGCGGCCCAGGGACAGCUUCCGGGCCUCGCGGUCACUCAGCUUCCGGAUGCGGGAGCCCCUGUCCAGCAUCUCCAGCGUUCGGAGCAUCUGAGCCACGGCUGGAGUCAGGGGUCCAGUUGCAGGGCGCGUGCCUGCCCUGGAGGAGGCCGGGAGCUGUGGGCCCAGGGCCUGGGUCUCACAGCUUUGGGAUAGAAGCCUGCACACCGGGACGCAGCCGGGCCUGGCUGGAGCGGAGAGAACGCUGUAGCUGGCCGGGCACCCCAGGGGCCGGGGUCCUUGCCGCAGCCCCUCUGGGCCUGCUGAUGCCCAGCCGGUUUGCCAUCGUGUCCUCGGGGAAGGAGGAGGCUGCUCACUGGAACGGACGGGGCCACGGAGUGGGGCCGGCGGGCUUGCUGUGUGGGCCCUGGCUCUGGGGGCCCUCGCCCGCGCUGCGUCCCUUUGGACUGUGAAGCUACAAGGGUGAGCUGUCGGUCGGCGUCUGGCAGCUCGGACAGACAACGCUGCCAGGAGGCCUCACAGCGUCCCUCUUCUUCACCUCCUCGGGCCCAAGGCACAGGGCCGUGGGCUCCUGGCGGCAUGCAGGGGUGUGCCUGUGCCCCGGGAGGCCCACGGGGCGGAGCUUGGAGGGUCUGCCAUGAGCCACAGGACUCAGCUUCUCCAUCUGUAAAAUGAAGCUACUGAUAACUCCUGCUUUCCU